GUCUCAGUUGCUCUUUGGCCUCUCAGCUCAGCUACUGGAAACCUGGGAUCUGAUUAGAGCCCCCCCGCCUUCCCCUGACAUCUGAGCACCUGUUUGCCUACCGCCAGUCCAUGCAAAGCCCAUCCCCUCAUAUCCCAGAAUCCCUAGAGGCGUGCGAUGAGCCCGACAUCUAGGCCGGCAUUUUCAUUCCCUGCUGUCCUGAGGGCAGCCCCGGAAUCAGAGAUAAGGGUGUGCGGGGGGGCGCGGGACCCCAGGAGAAACCCCAGAGUGCUUUUCUGUUCUAAACUUGUCACUGUGUUACAGCAAAGGUCAUUCCAGAACAUUCCAUCUCCUGCUUCAGACUGGGGCGUUGCUUCCUGUUUGGCGAGCAAAGCAGCGUUUAGGAAUAACAAACCACAAACCCUCCCCUUAACCUUCAGGUGCUCAUUAACCCAACCUUAGUCAUUAUUGGAAGCCCGGUGACCUUAAAUCUCUGCGCUCGUGGAUUGAUUGUUGUCUUUCUGUGCAUGCUCUCGUUUUCAUCCCACUCAUUGCCUUGGCAACCGGCAUCAUGUUAUUGAACAGAUCGACGCUGUGAUUGGAUCAGUUCAGUAUUGUUUAAUCUACUUGCCUUCGGUUUACUGAUUGGAGAGCGGCUCAAACACGGGUCAUAGUCACACCUCGGCUGCGAUCUUGCAUGGCGUGGUGUGUCAGCGAUUCACGUGGCCGGUUUCGAGAAGGUCCCAAGCCGGCCUGCCGAGCUGCGGAGGAAUCUUGCGUCCUGAUGUGCGUUGAGGCUCGCUUCUCCUACCUACGUAUGAAGUACCUCUUCUUCUCCUGGCUGGCGGUGUUCAUCAGUAGCUGGGUGGUGUACGUCCAGUACUCGUCCUACACGGAGCUGUGCCGGGGUCACGAGUGCAAGAAGACCAUCUGUGAUAAAUACAGGAGGGGGGUGAUUGAUGGCUCAGCAUGCAGCAGUCUGUGUGACAAGGACACCCUGUACCUGGGGAAGUGUCUCUCCUCCAAGCCCAACAACCAGGUCUACACUGGCAGCUGGGGCGAUCUCGAGGGAGUAAUCAAAUGCCAGAUGGGAGACAUCUUGCAGUAUGACCUUGGGGCCGACAUGGAGCCCCGGAAGGAGGCCAUGCUCUUCGACAAGCCCACUAAGGGAACCUCUGUCGAGAAGUUCAAGGAGAUGGUCUUCAGUUACUUGAAGGCAAAGGUGGGUGAGCAAGCCAACCUGCAAGACCUGGCCAACCUGGUGCUCUCUGUCGCCGACAGCAACAAGGACGGUCACAUAUCUCUGCCUGAGGCCAAGUCAGCUUGGGCCUUGCUGCAGCUCAAUGAGGUCCUGCUCAUGGUCAUCCUCCAGGACAAGGAGCACACGCCCAAGCUCUUGGGCUUCUGCGGCAACCUGUACGUGGCAGAGAAGGUGGAGUACACCUCCCUGUACGGCCUACACCUCCCCUGGCUCCUGGAGCUCUGGAUCCCCUCGGGGGUCCGCCGCAGCAUGGACCAGUGGUUCACACCCUCCUGGCCUCGCAAGGCCAAGAUCUUCAUCGGCCUGCUGGAGCUGGUGGAGGAUGUGUUCCAUGGGCCCUUUGGCAACUUCCUCAUGUGCGACGUGAGCGCCACCAACUUCGGCUACAAUGAGAAGCACGACCUGAAGGCGGUGGACCUGCGGCGCGUGGUGCCUGAGGCCGCCUUCCGCGAGGCCAUGCGCGACCGCCAUUGCGACGUGGACGCCGACUGCGUGUACGGAGCAGACUGCAGCACCUCCUGCGACCUCACCAAGCGCCGCUGCUCCACGGACGUCAUCCAGCCCAACCUGGCCAAGGCCUGCCGGAUGCUGAAGGACUAUAUCCUGAGGGGGGCGCCACUGGAUGUCCGCGAGGAGCUGGAGAAACAGCUGUACUCGUGCAUGGCCCUGAAGGGCUCCGCGGACCAGAUGGAGAUGGAGCACUCGCUCAUAUUGAACAACUUGAAAACCCUGCUGUGGAAAAAGAUUUCCAACACAAAAGACUCCUAACACACUCUGCUGCCCUGUUAAAGGAGUCCCCUCACCCACGCUUACAGAAGCCUUUCCAGAAAGUGCUGCCAUUUCAGCUGAUUCUAGAAAGGGGCAAAAUGCUGUACAGUCAUCCAUCCAUCCAUCCAUAUGUUUAUCCUGGAUAGGAUCGGGGGGGCCUGGAGCCUAUCCGAGACAGUGUAGUCCACAAAGCAGGGGUACAUACUGGAUGCCUGUCCAUCACAGGACAGACGCACACAUACAGAUACAUACACACACAUACACACUGCAGGAGGAAACUGAAGUACCUUAAGAAAACCAUCAGAGCCUGAGGACAAGGCUCCAACACCACAAGAACCACACCCUGCAGCGCCGCUUUUUCAAUCACAGGAGAAAUUGUGUUUGUUGACUUCAGUUUACGUCUUUUUUGCAGUUUGUGGAUUUGUGUACCGUGUACAUCAGUCAUUGCUAAUGUGUUUUUCUUAGGUUUUGCUGUUUGGUUCUUAAACUGUGCCAUGAGAUAAAUCAGCCUGAGCGAUGUGGGCUGUGGGGGCAGGGGCUGGGUGCCUUCGGUUGUAGCCGAAUGAAGAAUUUCUCCUCUGUCGGCUACAGCAGAGUGAUUUGUUUUCCCACUUCUGCAGGGAGUUUAAUUACAGCAUUUUACUGCUGCUUUUUCCACACCCAUUGUUAAACCCGAUACGAAAUAUGAUAUACCGUUUUCCAGUUCUUUCGACCACUAUGUAGAACGGUUUGUGCUGAAGGUCAUCACUGCUCUUAAGAAUGAAUCGCAGCAACCCAGAAAUCCAGAUGUUUACCAUGUAUGUUCAGAACGGCAUGAAAAAUUUGCAUAUUAAAUAUUGUACAAGACUACA